AUUUUCUCUUUCUUUCUGUUUCUUUGUCUCUUUGCCUUACUGAAAGUAAAAUCUCUUCUUAGUUAAUCUCUAAUCUACUAUUGUUCUUCUUUAAAUGUUUCUAAUUACAGGGGCAUUUAACCUUAACGUACUUAACCUUAAACCAUGGAUUUCCUCAUUCAGAAUGUUUCUUCCAAAGCCUCAUACGCUCGAGUUGCUCAGCACUCGCAUAUAUGCAAGCAAUCAUAUUAGAUCAAUUCAAUUUAAGAAUACAUUGCUGAAAUUGGCAAAGUUAUCGGCCUGUCGAACAUCAGAUUUAUAUCCUGAAUUUCUCAAGACCCAGUUUGCUUAUAUUGUGAUAAUUUCUGCUACAUCAUUACUCCAGAUAUAUAAACUACAAGAUGAAAACAUCACAAACCAUCCUUCUGCCAGCCUCAAGAUGGCUCAACAGCUUACUAACUUCAAAUAAUUUGAAUGCUGUCAAUAAUGAUAGUAGACGUAAAGCAGUUGUUUCUACCAAAAAAAUCAAGAAACGCAAAAUAGCUAAUAGGGCAAAGACUAGAAGACAUUUCUAGAAAAAAUCUCCUUGCUGCCUGUUAAGGAUUACAUCUCAGAUAUUAUUUAAAAUCACCCAGUGAAUUUUCAAAGUUGUCUAUAAUUUCUACUAGACAC